UGGUAGUAUAUGGUCUAUAAUACGAUAUAGACAUGAUCCUACAUACCGUUUCUCAAUACGUGUAACAUCUACAUUUACUGUGGCUGUUCUUUGUUUAUAUGAGUUCGCUUUAAUGUCAUUUCUGACUGUUGACAAAACAUUGGAUACAGUACAGAACACAUUUGAUACUGUAGAUAAGUCAACACUUAUUGAAACAUUUGGGGCAGAAAUUCUUAAUCAGCUAGAUUUACUGAUAAACACUGUGAGAGGAUGCUGGUACACUGCAUAUGGUGCUGGCUCAUUAAUUAUGUUAAACUAUGGUAUGAAAAUAUUUUUAAAAUAUCGCAUGCAUAGUUGUAGAUUAAUGAGGGGAGACUACUCUUUUAUUCCCCCAAAAAUCAGACUUAUGUCCAAGAGUAUGAUUCUGAGUAGAAGCUUAAUGUACAGUGGAUCUCAAGUAGCCUAUUUGUUAUGGGGUUACUAUUUUACCAUAGUGAUGCUAUUUUUCUAUUUUAUGCUUGUUUCUUACUUAAUAAUCUUACCAUUUGCUGGAAGAGUGUCAUACGAAUUCCUUUUCAUCUUUUGGGCAAUAGUACCAACUAUAAUAGUAUCGUAUUCCUUAUUCUACACACAAAAAUAUCUAUCCAACAAAAUAUUUCUACAAAAAUGUGUUUCCUUUGAUUCAAGACAUCGUAUGCACAGACCACUGGCUCUAGAUAACAGGAGGCUAUACCAUAUUGUAUCAUAUUUCCUCUUCUUCUUCUAUAUUUUUGUCGGCUUGUGCAAAGCUAUAAUUCGGGUAGUGAAGGGCGUGGUGUUGGGUGUGGCCUAUUUAUCUAGAUUAGACAGGUGUAAUUUAAUACCAGGCUUUGAACAUUGGGAUCCAGGCUAUUUGUCUUAUCUGAGUAUAUUACAAGUAGAAAUGGCACAUUGUCACCCAGUUCUAGUUACUUUCUGUCAUCUAUUAAAACAAAACCCUACACCAAGACGUUCAUCGUUCUUCAUAGAACCAAAUAUAGAAGACACAGAAGCCGUGAUGGAUUCUCCUAUUGGCAGGCGUCGUUUAGUGAUCAAUCGUUGGUUAAAACUUUACACUCUGGCAAGGAAUCCUACGCUUAUACCUAUUAAAAAUAGUGAUAGUUGAUAAACUUAUAUCAUCGCCCUGUCUUAUUAAAGAUAAAAGUGAUAACCGGCAAACUUAUAUCAUUUUCUAGUCAUUUUAAAGAAAAUAGUGAUAGUUGACGAACUUUUAUCAUGGUCCAGUCGUAUUAAAUGUAGUAUUGAUAGUUGACAAACAGACUUAUAUCAACGUCUUGACCCAACAACAACAUCUAUAUUGAUAGUUGGCAACAUCUAUAUUGAUAGUUGACAGCAUCUAUAUUGAUAGUUGACAACAUCUAUAUUGAUAGUUAACAACAUCUAUAUGAUAGUUGACAACAACAUCUAUACAGCAAGAAACAGUGUCGGUGUUGACUUUGAUAACUCCGCCAAGAAUGUGUUCACAACUUGAAGGCUUUGAUUACCACACUAAGACUUUGAUUACAACUGCAAGACUUUGAUUACAACUGCAAGACUUUGAUUACACCACCAAGCCUUUGAUUACAACUUCAAUACUUCCAUUGCAACUUCAAUACUUUUAUUACCGCGCCAAGACUUUGAUUACACCGUCAAGACAUCUAUUAUAAUGCCAAGACUUUUAUUAAAACAGCAAUACUUUGUAUCAUGGCAGUAGUUUAAAGACACAAUUGGUAUAUAUUCGACAUCUGUACAACAUCUAGAUUUUUUUUUCACAGUUUUCGAAAGUAGUUUGAAACUGGUUAAUGAACCAACCCACCACCCCCUCGAUGUGUCGGCUUGGUUGGUUUUAUAUUUACAUUGUAAACAUGAUGGGUUUAAAAUUCUCAAAAGUCAGGUUGUUUUGUUGGCCAUUUUGAUUUGUACAUCACGCGUUUACCAAGAAACUAAACCCAUAUUUCGUGUGAUAAAUUCGUCCUUACCACAAUACCUAAAUUUAUAGACGAUAACAGUAUAGAUGACAGCCUUGUGGCAAGGCAAGAAUUAAAUUCUAUUCAUCCUUCAGGAUUUAUGAAAACCCCAUUCUUAGUUUGUAUAUAUCCGUAGGCUAUUACAAAUGCUUGCUCUGUAAAGCAAGUUGUAAUACAUGUAUUUUAUAACCUGUUUUGAAACAUUUUUAAUUAUGACAAAAACCCGACCUUGAAGAACUGAUUUUGAUCUCGAUAGCGAAUUUGUCGAAUUUCAGCCUAAAUUGGGCUUCUAAAAUUUGAAUUGUCCAGCCAUAUUUGUUCCAUUCCCCAAAGGUAAAUGAUGGAUAAAGACUUUAGGUGGCUCGUGUAAAUUGGUAUGGCUUAACGAGGAAAUUAUAGGAGAUAUUAUGAAGUUUGUCAUUCAAAUUUGUCGGAAUUUUAGACUACAGCGAUGUAUAUGUAUCGUUGUAUAUUAAUAUAAUAUAUUAUAGUCUAUUAUUAUAUCCUGUGUCCUAUUGUGUUUGUUA